AUGAAGAAAAAACAUGAUGCCAUUGUAUUUGUUUGUGAACCUAAAGAACUACUGAAUCCCUCUCCCAAAGUAACAAAUUGUUGCAAAUCACUGUGGGUGAAAUACAGUUUUCAGAAGGCUUACAUGACUAGACUUGUCAGCUCCCAGCCAGUUCCAGCCAUGUCAAGGAACCCAGAUCACAACCCACCUUUUCAGCCCAAGGAGAAUAGCAUUGGCCAGAACCAUCAUGAGGAAGAAAUAAUCCACAAGCUGGCCAUUCAGUUGAGAAACAUUGGGGACAGCAUCGAUCAGAGGAUGGUUCGAGAGGAUUUUCAACAGGAAGGCAGAGCUCUCCUGGCUCAGUUUGUCUUAGUUUUUGCUGAAGGCGUGCACGUGUUACUGCGCUUUCUCUGGAAUAACCAUUUGAUGUGAAAGGAAUGUAAAUGUCAUUCUAUCCUCCAAGGAAACAGGAAUCCCACUGGAGCAGGUGGGAGGAAGCCCCUCGCCUGCCUCUUCACCGUUGUUGCUUUGUGCCCGCUUUGUUGGAGAACUGUGGACCCAAUGGCCAUUCGUCUGUUCAGAACGACCAUGGAUGAGAUGUUUGACCAAGGAACCCAGAAGACUUUAAACACGUCACACCAGUGCUGUGGAUAGUCCCGGUGCUCCUCCGAAGGAAGCCUUGACCAUUUCCUUCCAUGAGUGAAACUGAACCCCAUGCCCAAACCAGAGGUCACAGAAAUGGGUGCUUUCUCCUGGGCCCCUCCCUGGGUCCCGGGCCCUGUUGGCCCCACUCCCGCCCACCUGUGAACAGAUCUGCAGUGCCCUGUCCUUUUUACCUUUUUGUCUACCUCAUAUUCCCUCCCUCCCCUCUUUGAAAAGUCUGUUAAGAAAGUUUGUUAUAAAUUAUAAGUUCUGUAUAUGCAUUCUGAGUUCU